AUGGCAUUCACCGGAGCUCUGCCUCAGACCCUUAGGUCCAUCACUGUCACCAAAAUCAAUGAGCAUUCCAAGCAACGGGCUCUGUUUGUUAAGCAAAAAGCCGAUAUUCUGGAGGCCGCGGCCACUGCGCCGGAUGUGCGUGCCCGGGCUCGCACUCUUCUGGACGGCCUCUCUCGCCUAAAGGGCUAUCCAAAGAAUACUCUGGACAAAGAUGAUUUGGACCUGGAUGUUGACUCAUCCGAUGAGGACUCUGAUGAUGACGAAGUCACCUCACCCUGCAUGGGCCAGCUUGACCGAGCCGACCACGCCAACAUCCGACGCUUCCUUUUCCAGGGCCGCUACGAUCCUUCCAUCUCUGACUCUGCCGUGAGAGACUGGAUCACCCGAAUGGAAAAUGACCUGCGCUUCUUGGAGCUCAGGCACGAACAUGCAUCAUUUUACAGCAAGCUCAUCACUGAGUGGUUGUCCAAUCUGGAGGACGGGGACGCACUUCCAACUGCCAGCCAGACAGAUCAUGCGGUUUCCAAUAAGGCUGAUGCUGGCUUUGAGAGCGUGGGCCGGCCAGAAAUGCAUGAGCAGCGAGCACAGUGGGAGUCCUUGGUCUUUACGGCGGCCACCCAUGUGAACGAGGGUUCUAUCAGCUCUUAUCUCGACAAUCUUUUCACAAAGACAAAGCUAUCUCGCCAGGCUCUGAAGGAGCUCCGUGAGAGCUUCCACAAGUUUGGCACAGAUUUGGCAACUAAGGGAGAGUGGGUGAAUGUUGAGGAGCUUGAAUGGGUAUCCAAGGCGUUGAUGAAGACCGACUUGCUAAGUGCCGAGAAAACAACGAUUCUCAAAGAGUUCAUGCGCAAUAAAGAGGUGCUGCAAGAGGUAGCAGAUGUUCUCAACAUGCGCCUUGCAUCUCUCGAUAGUUGGACUUGGGGUGGCGACGGCAUCCCUGUCGACAUGCGCCGCCAACUGAACGGUAAAUAUCGCUUCUUCAUGGACGAAGACCUGCUUGACAGCUUGUUGCUGCAGUAUCUGGGAACCACCUGGGCGGUCCAGAUGCGCGUCCUGUUCGGACGGUUUCAGUCGCGAGCAUGGGACGCCGGGAAUGAGCACGCUUCCAAGGAGGAUAUCGAGAGACGCAAGUAUUUCCUUGGAAAAACUAAGCACUCUAGCGUUUAUUGCCUCAAUCGGUUCCGGCAGGGCAUGUAUCGCGACAAAUACUUCAUGAGUCAGCUACCGGGGUCUACCACCGAGGGUGCUCGAAGCUAUGACGACGACUCCCAGGUCGAAAAAGCGCUGGAUACAAAGCACUCACUACUCCAUCUAUUGAUUACCGAGUCCUUGAUCCACAAGCACAAGGGUGGCAAUUUCACUGCAGUCCGUUCUGACUAUCAAUGGUUUGGCCCGUCCUUGCCCCAUGCUACGGUCUUGACGGUCUUGAAAUACUUUGGUGUCCCAGAAACGUGGCUGAACUUCUUCAAAAUGUUCCUGGAGGCGCCGCUCAAAUUCCUUCAAGAUGGCCGUACUGCAUCAACUCAAAUUCGAAAGCGCGGGGUUCCGUUGAGCCACACUCUCUCGGAUGUGUUCGACGAGGCGGUUCUAUUCUGCAUGGAUUACGCGGUCAAUCAAAAGACCAGUGGCGGAAUCCUAUAUCGACUACACGAUGACUUUUGGUUCUGGGGUGCGGAAGAGACCUGCGAAAGGGCCUGGGCGGCGAUGACCCAGUAUGCUGAGAUUAUGGGCCUCGUGUUCAACGAAGGAAAGACCGGCACUGUGCGCAUGGGAGCAUCUCCCAAGAAGGAUUCCAUUCUCCCACCUGGAGACAUUCGCUGGGGCUUCUUGAUUCUCGAUGCAGAGCAAGGCAGAUUCGUCAUCGAUCAGACACAAGUGGAUCAGCACAUCAAAGAACUUGACCGGCAGCUCUCGUCUUGCAAGAGUGUUUUCACCUGGGUACAAGCAUGGAAUGCUUACUUUGGACGAUUCUUCGCCAACAAUUUUGCGAUCCCUGCGAUGUGCUUUGGCCGCGACCACAUCGACAUGGCCAUUUCGACACUCAGCCGCAUCGAGCGAGUCCUUUUCAGCAAGCCCUCCAACAAGACGCCCAAUUCUGAGGUCAGUGUCACUAACUACCUGCGCUCUGUGAUUGCCGAGCGAUUUGAUAUUCAUGACCUGCCCGAAGGAUUCUUUUACUAUCCUGUUGAGCUGGGUGGGCUCGGACUGCUGAAUCCAUACAUUCGGCUGUUGGCGAUGCGCGAAAACAUCAAAGAGACACCGCAGCAGCACCUUCGGAGGGCUACCUUGCACGAUGAGGCAGCGUACCAACAAGCCAAGGAGCACUUUGAGAAGCACGGUUCGGACUCCCACGCUACCUGGAAGGGUGAGGAUGGCGAGCCCCUCCCCUUCAUGUCACUGGAAGAGUACGCGCCGUAUUCUAUGUUGGAAAACCCCAAGCUUUACUCCGCAUACAAGAAUCUGAUCGAGGUGCCCGGAGAGAAAAGUGUGGCGGCCACCGCGAGCUUCAAAAAGAGCCAGACUGGGCUUAGGGGGCCUAGGGGAAAAGCGAGUAAGUCAGGCUCGAUCUCGGCGACCUGGCGCGAGAUGACGCCGUAUUGGCGCUGGGUAGCAGAGCUGUAUCAUGAUGAGAUGGUGCGCACCUAUGGAAGUCUUGCAGCUGUGAACCGUGAGUUCAUGCCCCUGGGAGUGAUUAAGACUUUGAAGGAAAGGCGGUUCAGAUGGCAGGGAUGA